UGUUGAUUCAAAGAAGGCAUAAGAACCUAGUGCUCACAGAAGCAAUUGUGCUGCUUGUGCAGGCUUUCAGAUGGCCGCAUUCGAUGAUGCUGAGGCCGAAACCCUAAUGCUGGGCGAGGUUCCUGAGGAGGAUGGCGCGAAGGCGGAUGACCUUCUGGAUUUGCUGGGGGAUGGAGAGUCCACUGAUACGGUGCCAGGUGUAAUAUCUGGCGAGCCUGCGAGCUCCGAGCCCACUCCCGCGGCAGACACGUCAGCUACUGCUGAAGUAGCUCCUGCUGAAGUAGCUCCCGCUGAAGUAGCUCCCGCUGAAGUAGCUCCCGCUGAAGUAGCUCCUGCUGAAGUAGCCCGCGCUGAAGUCCCCCCUCUGGACGCGGUCAUGGACCCUCCAAAGGAGGAGGUGGCAGCUGCAGGUGUGAAGCGCGCUGCCACUCAAACCCUGGACAUGGGGGAAGAUCUUCUUCCAUCAGGAGAUGGAGCCCCGGUGGAUGAACACACAGCUGUGUUGGCCUCUACAAAUCCUGCCACUGCUGGGGACAUCAAGCUGACGGCCGACUGCACCAGCGUAGGCAGAGAGCCGUGCAACAACGUGGUCCUGGAUGAUCCGCGCGUGUCUGGUGAGCAGUUCCGCAUCCUCCGCGUGCCGGCGGGAUCUGAAGGGCCUCCCUGGACUUUCGAAGUAGAGGAUUGCUCACGCAAUGGUACCCUGGUCAACAAGAAGAUCCUGAAAGCCGCCAAGGCAACUCUGCGCGACCAGGACUUGAUCGAAGUGCUGCCGGCUUCCAAGGUUGGUCAGGCUGCGGCGGUCUGCUUCCUCUUCCAUGCUCCGCUUGCAGGGGGGCCGCCUCCUGCCAAGAAGCCGCGGCUCAGCGAAGGCAGCAAGGAAGAGCUGGAGGGAGCUGAGAAAGCUUUCAGCGAGGCCACCUGCGCCAUUUGCCAGGAGGUGAUGCAUCGGGCGACCAGUGUGCAGCCGUGCAUGCACAGCUUUUGCAGCUCCUGCCUUGGAGGGUGGCUGAAAAGACCUGGAGACAGACUGCCAAGGUGCCCGAUUUGCCGCCAAGCAGUGGCCGGGGUUGGGAAGAACCACUCCCUGGAUGGCAUGAUCGAGAGCCUUCUAAAGGCGCAUCCGGACAAGCAGCGCUCUGCGGCUGCGCUGGCGGAUCUUGAUGGCCGAGAUCCGCUUCAUGACAGCGGCUACGACCUUGCCAAGAUCCGUGGUCCUGGGGACCCGGCAGCAGGUCUGCUGCGCAUCACGGUGGCUGCCGCUGCGGCCGCAGAAGCUAUGGAUGCUGAAAGUGAGAGUUAUCACCAUGACUCUGAAGACUCCGAAGAGGAAGAGCCAGGGCAUGCGUGGACCGCGCCUGGAGCCGUGCGACCUCCUUGCGUGAACUGUGGUCUUCCAGCAUGGCGACCUUUGCGUUCAGCGGCGGAUGCCAUGCUGGCAACGCCCAUGUCCGCUACGGCCGUGGCCAAAUCAGCUUUGGCCAACAAUAGCGUCGAGCAGGAGAUCCUCCAGGAGUGGCUUCACUCCAGGGGCAUGAGCCUGAAGGAGGCGAUCUUGAUGCUGCUGGCAGACCCCAACCCGGAAGGCGUUCCCGCAGUUGUCAUCCGCCCACAUGCACCUGCAGGAGGAGCGCCGGUUAUGCUGCCAGGGGGCGUCUGGACGGAAUUAGCUGCCUGCAACAACUGCAGCCAGAUGAUAUUAAAAUCAGCUGUCUACUCCGUCCGCGAGCGCAUCCCCAACGAGGAGUUGCCUGCCAGGGGUCAAGGCCGUGGCAACUGCUGGUACGGCAGAGGCUGCCGAACUCAAAGCCACAAGCGUCAUCAUGCGGAGCGCCUAAAUCAUAUUUGUGAGCAGACCCGCUUCUCGUGAGUUGGAAUUGCUUUGCUCUUGAAACGCGUAUGUUCAGCUUUGUACAGGACAUGCUUUGCAUUGAGCUGCGAGCCAAAAGGACCACGAGCCGCAGCUGACGCUUUGGCCUGGCCUCUCUCAACCGUACUUGACCAGACU